AUGCAACCGUAUUCUUCAAACCUGCCGCACCAGCUGCCGCCCGACCACACGAGCUAUCACCACGAUCCUCAUCACCACCACAACCCUCACGCGUCUCCAUACCCCCCGCGUCAUCACCAGCUGCAGCAACAGCAACAACUGCCCUCCAUGGCCCCUCCCAACGCGCCACCGCCGCCCAGCCAUACAAACUCAUACCAAGAUCCAACAAUGGGAGCUCCCACCACCAUGUCCGGCUCCGGAUCUUCAGCUCCUCCUCCUCCUCUCGGCCCCGGUAGCGGUGGUCCUAACAGCCACGGAGACGGAAGCAGCCACGGCGGCCAGUUACAAUCGACUCCGCCAUCCCAGCAGCAGCAGCAGCAGCAACAACAAGAACGGGUGCCCUUGACGGUCGAGGAAAGGAUGCAGCAGGAGCAAAAUCUGAAGCCAUACUCGGGCACGGAUAGUCAGGGGAGGAUGUAUUGUGAAAUCGAAUACUCAAUGUUCAUCUGCAACGUCAGCCUAUACACAGAAGACGCCCUAAAGGAAGUAAACCUCGUCCGACACACGACCUCCACGCCCUCAAUCUCGUCCACCACACCGGCUUCGUACGCCUCGCUCGAGCAAACGACGCCCGCUUAUUCGCAUAUUCUGCCGUCGAAUCGAGAUGUUGGUGGCUAUGGACAUCAUCAGGGGAUGUCGCCGUAUGGGGGGAACCAGGGCAUGAAUCCGUAUGAUAUGCAGACGAGUCCUUACCAGCGCACCACUUCCACCUCACCAGGCCGGACCAUACGGUGCCCCGCGAGGACCUUACGACCAUCCUGGAGCUCAGUACGGCGGCGGUAUGUCUGGUGGUGUAGUAGGCGGACCUCUCCAGCAAAGAAUGUCUGUCAGCGGUGCCGGUGGCAGAGUGGAGGAGGACAGCAGCCCCAGGGCAUGUUCACGAGGAACUUGAUUGGAAGCUUGGUGUGCAGCGCGUUCAGGUUGACGGAUACGAACGACAAGAUUGGGAUUUGGUUCGUGAUGCAGGAUUUGAGUGUGAGGACUGAAGGCGUCUUUAGGUGUGUACCCCCGUUUCCCAGUUCCCUGCCUUUCUUCGUUCCCUCCCCCCGUUCUUUUGCGCUCCAGCCCCAUUUCCCCCUAUCACAACCUGGACCAUUGAACUGUACUGACAAAUUUUACCAAAAAAGACUCCAAUUUUCCUUCGUCAACGUCGGCCUCCCCACCCCACUUCCCUCCUCAGGAUCUUCUGGAAGCAGCACAGGCAUCAACCAAUCCAAGGCGCCCAUUUUGGCUUCAGUCUUCAGCGAGCCGUUUCAGGUCUAUUCGGCAAAGAAGUUCCCAGGAGUGUGCGACAGCACGGCUUUGAGCAAGUGUUUUGCAACACAGGGGAUCAAGAUCCCUAUUCGCAAAGAGGGGGCGAAUAGUAAGAAUAAUGAGGAUGAUGAUGAUUAUUAG